GCAUCAGCACGCGCGCGAAACGCCGUCGACUUUGACUACCGACCUCCGCCGCGCGGACGAGCUACCCCUUCCGGCCGGCGCGUACGUCCAUACCUGUAAGUCAUAUAUACUCCCCGGAGAUCCAGAAAAGAACACAAGUGUACAGAGCCCCAUCCGUUCAAAGAUCCUUCCAUUCCAUCGCCUCGAUCGCCGGAAACCACGUACGUGAACCCUAGCUCCAUCUUGCUCAUUCAUUUCGUCGCCACCUACCUGCAUACUAUACCCUGCUUGGCAUGGGCGGUGGCCGCGUCCUGGCGUCGAUCCCGUGCUUCUUCUGCGUCUCCGUGUCGCGGCGGGGCCGCACGGCGAGGCUGGUGCUGUGGGGCGGGGAGGCGCGGGCAGCCAGGCACCGGACGCAGGCGGGGCAGGUGAUGCUCGACUUCGCGGGCACCGUCGUCUGCCGCGCCGACGGGUUCUUCAUCGGCCGCCCGGCGCCGGUGCUGGCCAUCGAGGACCGCCUCGUUGCCGGGGCCACAUACCUCGUGCUCCCCGUCGACCGCCUGCCGCAGGGCUACGACGCUGUCACCGCGGCCUCCCUCGCCGCGCUCUCCUACGACAGGGCCAGCCCCGGGGGGUCCAUCGCGGGCGGGCCCAAGAGCCCGUUCGAGUACGUCAAGGGGGACGACGGCCGGACGGUCAUCAAGGUCACGCCGGAGUUCCUCGUCAAGGCCAUCACCGCCAGACCUGGCUCGUGCGGUAUCGCUGGUGAGGCCGAGGCGGGCGGUGAAGGCGAGGGCGGCGCGUGCGGAGGGGCGCUGUGCAGCACGCCGGAGUUGAGGAAGCACUACGAGCAGCUGGUGGGGGCCGGCAGGGGGAAGCCGUACUCGCCGCGGCUGGACCCGAUCAAGGAGCGCAAGGGGAGGAGGCUCAUGCCGGUGACGGUGAGCCCCGGGAGGCUCUCGCUGUCGCUGUCGCCGGUGAGGCUUCUAGGGCUGGCCAAGACAGAAAGAUAGCCAAAGCUCCCUAGCUAGCUAACGUAGGUAGGCACCGGCCGGCCGUGCUGCGAGACGUGGAAUUGCCUCGAUUCUAUGGUGUUCUCCUUGCUCAUUCCGUUCUGGUUGACCAAAUUAAGCGAUUUGGGUUGAUUUGUACAUAUUGAGUGGUUGAUCGAAGAACUGUGUCCUGUAUACUUAAUUUGCUGGGAUCAGGAAAUUGUACAGACUGUCUCACUUCUUUCA